ACCCGUUAUAAAAUGACCACGGCCUUCUGAACCCUAAUGAAGCGACUCCUCUCGCGGUUGGCGCUUAGAGACUGCUAUCAAAGUUUGAGCACUGUGUGAGAUAGAGAGUUGAUCACCAGGUAAGGUACCAUGGUGAGGAUUAGUGUAUUAAAUGAUGCUCUAAAGAGCAUGUAUAACGCAGAGAAACGAGGCAAGAGGCAGGUUCUCAUCAGGCCAUCGUCAAAGGUUAUUGUAAAGUUUCUUCUAGUGAUGCAAAAGCAUGGUUACAUUGGAGAGUUUGAGAUUGUUGACGACCACAGAGCUCAUAAAAUUGUUGUUGAGUUGAAUGGGAGGCUAAACAAAUGCGGAGUCAUUAGCCCUCGAUUUGAUGUUGGAGUGAAGGAGAUUGAACCCUGGACUGCACGCUUACUUCCUUCUAGACAGUUUGGUUACAUUGUUUUGACAACUUCUGCUGGCAUCAUGGACCAUGAGGAAGCCAGAAGAAAGAAUGUUGGAGGCAAGGUUUUGGGUUUCUUCUACUGAAGUACUUCCUAGUUUAUUUUGUAUGGAUUUUUUGCCUAUGCUUAUUUCUUCACCAUCAAACAGUUUCAUUUUUCAUUUUUGACAAUGUAUGGGCUAGGAACCCAGGUUCAUCUUAUUGCACACAUACCUUGAGCCUUUGUUUGGGUUACUAUUUGGACUUGAUGAAGCAGUUUUGUUUUGAGAAGUUUUUGUUGAUGCUGAGUGUUUAAUUGGAUUU